GCGCGCGCGGCAAAAAGCCGAAGGUAUGUGUGCGGGGGUGUGGGAUCGCCAGACACGGGGAGAUGCGAUCACUCACGAGGAAGCAAAGCAGCGCGCGACGGAGGGAAUUGUGAACAGGUUGUUUAUUGGAUCGCGUGGAGGAGUAAAUCGAAUCCCGCCCUUGCGAGAUAGAGAGCGGGAGAGCAGGGAGGAUUUUGAUGCAGCUCUAAUGUGUGUUAAGAAACUGGCUCAACUUUCUGAGACCGUUGAGCCGGACGUCGGCUAUGAGGUUACUCAACCGUCUGAGACCGUUGAGCCGGACGUCGGCUAUGAGCUUACUCAGCCGUCUGAGACCGUUGACCCGGACGUCGGCUAUGAGCUUACUCAGCCGUCUGACACCGUCGAGCAGGACAUCGGCGAUGAGCUUGCUCAACUGUUUGAGACCGUCGAGUCGGGUGACAACUAUGACCUUGUCCAACCGUCUGAGACCGUCAAUACAUCCGGAAAUAAUGAUGGGAAUAGUCCUAAGACAACUGCGAAGCAAAAUCUGGUUACUAUGAAAGAUAUUGGGGACUUCAUAAUGGAUCAAUGCAUGGCGGUGAAUGUUGAAGGAGAAUUAGAUGGGAGCCUUUUGGAAGGGGAAGACUAUGGGAUUCGACUUCCAUCUGACCAAGAAGGCGGAGGAAAAGCCAUCGUGGAAGUUAAGUUUAUUGAGGAUGCUGACCCGCUUAGAAAUGUUGUUUGCGGAGUAAUGCGUGUUGCUGCGGUACAGGUGGACGUGUUUGUGAAUCUCAUGCCCGACAGCGUACAGGUUAUAGGAGCCCCAACCAGCCCUCCCGUGGGUGACAGACGCGGCGCGAGGUAUAGGCUGGCUCAACUUUCUGAGACCGUUGAGCCGGACGUCGGCUAUGAGGUUACUCAACCGUCUGAGACCGUUGAGCCGGACGUCGGCUAUGAGCUUACUCAGCCGUCUGAGACCGUUGACCCGGACGUCGGCUAUGAGCUUACUCAGCCGUCUGACACCGUCGAGCAGGACAUCGGCGAUGAGCUUGCUCAACUGUUUGAGACCGUCGAGUCGGGUGACAACUAUGACCUUGUCCAACCGUCUGAGACCGUCAAUACAUCCGGAAAUAAUGAUGGGAAUAGUCCUAAGACAACUGCGAAGCAAAAUCUGGUUACUAUGAAAGAUAUUGGGGACUUCAUAAUGGAUCAAUGCAUGGCGGUGAAUGUUGAAGGAGAAUUAGAUGGGAGCCUUUUGGAAGGGGAAGACUAUGGGAUUCGACUUCCAUCUGACCAAGAAGGCGGAGGAAAAGCCAUCGUGGAAGUUAAGUUUAUUGAGGAUGCUGACCCGCUUAGAAGAGCCCCAACCAGCCCUCCCGUGGGUGACAGACGCGGCGCGAGGUAUAGGGAAGCACUUUUCCAGGAAGGAAAAAGACUUCCAUGGGCUCAGCAAAUAACUUUGAAAAACCUUGAUCCUCAUGUCCUCUCCAUAAUCAAGCAUCUUGAGAUCUCUAUGAAGAUUCAUGGAGCGUCAGGCAAGGACUCCUCGGAAACGGAGCCACUGCCCUGGAGGCGCAUGCCCCCACGGCGGCACCUUCAGAACCGUCAAGUACAAGCUGAUGAUGCAAAUCAGAGAACAAGAGAAAGUGGGGAGGGUAGGGGCACGGUGCCGGUCCCAUCUGGUGUGGGCGUGCCAAGUCCAGUUAUCCCUGUGCCACUGGGAAUCCCUGUAACAACAGACGCCGAACCUGUUCUGGAUGAUGGUGGGCCAUUCAGAAGAGCAUCAGGAAGGGAAGCGGGGCCGUCGAGAACAGCAUCAGAAAGAGAAGCAGGGUCGCGCAGAACAGCAUCGGGACAAGAAGCAGGCUUGUUCAGAAGAUCAUCGGGAACAGCCUUGGGAAGAGAAGCAGGGUCGUUGAACGGUGAUUCGUCCAUGGAGACGGAAUUUCAAGUGGCAAAGAGGAGGAAAUAUUGUGCAUGUUCAAUGUCCAGAGACAAGGAGGGGGAAUUACCUCCAAACUCCGAACGACAUGGAGCAAUGGAAGCGGCGGGCCCGAGCAUGGAGCCAGUUCAAGAGUCUGGGCAAGCAGUGUGUGAUGGUAGUCAUGUUAAUGGUGAAAACCAUCAAUCAGGUCAAACACAGAGGCAAGGCAGUUAUCCUGCGCCCCCUAAGCAUAAAGGAGGAGGAGAUGAAUUGCAGGUACCUGAAAAGGACAAGGAAGACUGGGAGAUGAUGCCACCCUCCUUCAGACAUAACGCUGUUGAGAGAGGCAGGAGACGUGCAAGAGUAGCUGCUGCACGGGAGCGGAUGGGGGAGACUAUAGAGAAGCUUAGGGUGCUUCUUGAUCGACCUAAGCGGAACACAAGUUGCUGCAUCGCCAAGACUGAUGGGACUGCAAAAGGGAGUGAAGAUGGCACCCAUCAAAAUGGAAGCUCAGAAAAUGAUGGUGAAAGCGAAGUGAAGGAAGUGCACGCAAAUGACGUGCAGCAAACGGGUAACAGACUCGACGGAAAGCCACUCGAUAUCAGAACUCGCAUUGCAGCAGAUGUCGCUAAAUGCUUGAACGGCAUAGAUACGGAGGAUCUUCUGAUUGAGCACCUUCUGCUGAAGGGGGCGAAGUUAAAGGCUAUCGAGGAGGAGCAGGCGGCAAAGAUGAAGAAGUUGGAGGAGGAGAUGAAGAGAGUUCAGCAAAAGGAGGAAGAAAGAAGAAAGGCUGCUGAAGAAGAAGUAGCAGCAGAAGAAGAAAAAGAGAGAAUGCGGAUUGAGAGUGGAGAAGGGAGUAGUGGCACGAAAAGGGACAAAGACACAGAGAUGGAGAAGAAGAUUAGCGAGUGGGUAGCUAAUUUAUCGUUGGGGGAGGAUGAGGAGGCAGAGUUUUAUGUGCCCCAGGAUGAGAGGGAUACGUUGGCCCAGGAGCUAGCAGCAAUGGAUGACCCCUUGGAGAGACAAGAAAAAGAGAGACAAGAAAGAGAGGAGGAGAAUAAACUGGAGUGGAAAUUGAGGAUGAAGAGAGAAAAGAAGAGGAGGAGAGAUGGAGUUAACAGGCUGACCGCAGAGGUGGCGAACAUGAAAGACUGUAGGCAAGAGGUGGAGGCUCAGGCAAACGACAAGGCCAAAUGGGAUAAGGUGUUGGGAUGCUUGGAGGUGUUGAGCGCGGCUUGGAUGGAGGAGCGCCAAGCCAGUUGGAGUCAAGAGGUAGCCUUGAGCGCCAUGCGGUCAGGUUUUAGGGACUUUGCGCGCGAUAUGGUUACCCACGUUGGGGGAGAAGUCAGGAAGUUGAGAGACAACGUGGGAAAGUUCUGCGAAGGUGCCAUUGAAGGUGCCAAAGCGAUAGCUGCUGUAGAGGGCGAGGCCAGACCUCGUAAAGAGCCUGUCUUUGUAGUCUAUGUUAGACCUGUCAUUGAGGCCAAGGAAAAGGAUAGUUCUACGGAUCCAACCAUUGCCAAGCUGUUGGAAGAAUUCAAAGACUUAACUGAGUCGCCGACAGGAGUAGUGCCGCGACGCAUCCAGCACAGGAUAGAGAUAGAGCCUGGCAGUAGAACUCCUAAGGGAGCAGUCUACAAAAUGUCCCUUAGAGAGUUAGAGGAGUUGCGCAAGCAGUUAGACGAGCUCCUCGAGAAAGGUUGGAUCAGGCCCAAUUCGUCUCCUUUUGGAGCACCAGUCCUGUUUGUCCCAAAGAAGGAAGGAGAGCUUCGUAUGUGUAUAGACUACAGGGGUUUGAAUGCGAUUACUGUAAAGAAUGUUGAGCCACUGCCUAGGAUAGACGAUCUCUUAGAUCGGGUGCAGGGUUGCAAGUAUUUCUCUAAGAUAGACUUGAAGUCCGGUUAUCAUCAGAUAGAGGUUCACCCUGAUGACCAGUACAAGACUGCGUUCCGGACUCGUUAUGGGCACUAUGAGUUUAUAGUGAUGCCCCUUGGACUAACCAAGGCGCCAGCCACCUUUCAGCGUUGUAUGAAUGACCUGUUUAGACCAUGGUUAGACAAGAUUGUAGUAGUCUAUUUAGAUGAUAUAUUAGUUUUCAGUAGGACCCUCCAGGAGCAUCAGGGUCAUCUGAGGCAGGUCUUGGAGAAGCUGAGAGAGGCUAACUUCAAGGUCAAUCUAGAAAAGUGUGAGUGGGCCAAGACACAAGUCCUGUACUUGGGCCACAUAUUAGACGGAGAUGGCAUCAAGCCAGAGGACAACAAGAUAGUGGCAAUUAGAGAUUGGCCGACGCCCCGCACGUUGACAGAGUUGUGGUCGUUCUUAGGCCUAGCUAACUGUUAUAGAAAGUUCGUGAGGAACUUCUCUACUAUCGCCGCUCCCCUGCGUAGGUUGCUUAAGAAAGAGGCAAUCUGGCAAUGGGACAAAGAUUGUACAUCUGCGCUAAAGAGACUGAAGUGCGCGUUGAUAGAGUAUCCUGUCCUCAAAGUAGCUGAUCCGUCUUUGCCUUUUGUCGUCACCACGGACGCGAGUCAGUAUGGUAUAGGCGCCGCGUUGCAGCAAGAUGAUGGCAAUGGCUAUAGACCGGUGGAGUUCAUGUCAGCGAGGAUGCCCUCCGAGAAGGUUGCUACCUCGACGUACGAGAGAGAACUCUAUGCGCUCAGGCAGGCUCUAAAGCAUUGGAAGCAUUACCUGCUUGGGAGGCACUUCAAAGUGUAUUCUGACCACGAGACCCUUAGAUGGUUGAAGACUCAUGCCAAGAUGACACCUAAGUUGACUAGGUGGGCCGCAGAGAUAGACCAGUAUGACUUUGAGCUCAAGCCGGUGAAGGGCAAGUACAACGUAGUUGCGGACGCUCCGAGUAGGAGAUCAGACCUACUUUGGAGCCAUAGUACGCUAUUUGGAUAUAGGGAGAGACCUGCAGGAGAAAGUGAAGCAAGCGUAUGCGCAAGACCCUAUCUAUAGCGACCUCCUAAAGAAUGUUAGAGAGGCUCCAGCGACUGAACCAUAUUACCGCACUACAAACGGGUUGCUGUUUGAGAAGACUAACGUAUUUGACCGCUUGUGCGUUCCCAAAGCGAAGAGAUUCGUAGUUUAAUCCUAGGGGAAUGCCAUGACACAGAGGGACACUUUGGUUGGCAAAAGACAUUAGCCAAUCUGAUGCGUGCGUACACCCGGCCAGGGAUGAAGAAUGACUGCAUAGAGUAUGUUCGCGGUUGCAAAGUUUGCCAGAGGAACAAGACUACUACGCGUGCCCCUCUAG